AUUGGAUGAUAAGGUAGAGUGUUCGCAUGAACAUCCACACAGAAAAACUGUAUCCGUUUGUGGUUUAGUUUAUUGAAUUUUAUUAUUAUAAUUUAUAUUUGUGGAACCAUAUUUUUUAAAAAUAGUGCGUUACUAUUUUCUUCGAUAUAAAAUUAGUUACAGUUUAUUGAAUGAAUCAGUUUUUGUUUAGUGAAGAUAAGAUAAAGACUCCAAAAUUUAUGGAAAGUUUAAGUACAUACUUUAAGAAUUAUGAACUUUUAUCGCUAAUUCAAUUAGAGUUAACUCCGACUCUAUCAAUGAUGCACUGAUUAGGAGUUAAAUAUAUUUUUAUUAUGAAAUAUAAAAAUUUGAAGUUUUAACCUUUAUAUAUACAAAUGAAUACUUCUUGUUUACAUAGUAAAAGUGAAACAUAUUUUGUUAAUUAAUCGUUAGUCAUGAUUAAGGCAAUUUUGGUAUUUAACAAUCAUGGAAAGCCUAGACUUUCUAAAUUUUACCAAUACUUUAAUGAAGAUAUGCAGCAACAGAUAAUAAAAGAAACAUUUCAGUUGGUUUCCAAAAGAGAUGAUAAUGUUUGUAACUUUUUGGAAGGUGGAAGUUUAAUUGGAGGUUCUGAUUAUAAAUUAAUUUAUCGACAUUAUGCAACUUUAUAUUUUGUAUUCUGUGUCGACAGUUCAGAAUCAGAAUUAGGAAUAUUAGAUCUGAUACAAGUUUUCGUUGAAACAUUGGAUAAAUGUUUUGAAAAUGUAUGCGAACUUGAUUUAAUUUUUCAUGUAGAUAAAGUUCACUAUAUACUCAAUGAAUUAGUGAUGGGUGGAAUGGUCCUUGAAACUAAUAUGACUGAAAUACUUACACGAAUUGAAGAUCAAAAUAAAUUGGAGAAACAGGAGGCAGGAAUCACAGCAGCGCCGGCGCGUGCUGUUUCUGCUGUCAAGAAUAUGAAUAUACCACAACAGAUAAAGGACAUGAAGUUGCCUGAUUUGCCACAGGCCAUAAAAGAUCUCAAAUUCUGACCAGCCGUUACAUCGUUGGCUCCAAGCUGACUGAUUUCAUCUACGAAUCCCAAUGCAAGUGACACUACAAGGGUUUUUUUCUCCCCUCUUCAAACAAAUGAAAAUGCACCAAUACUGCCUACGAAUUCCACAUACAUUUCGUCUCAACGGUACCAGAAAUGAAAAUAGUAAUUGUUUUAAUUUUUAAGGCUUGUAAGUACCAUUUACAAAGUGAAGACGAGUUUUAAGAGAUGUAUGUAUUUAGUUUUGAAAACAAGGAUCUGGACUUGUUAUGUAAAGAAAGAGGUAAAACAACUUUAUGGCUUUAAAAACAUUAAUAUUUUAUGAAGGAUGUAAUAUCGCUCCUGUAUAUUAAAAAAAUAUAUGUUUCCAUUAUAGUGUAACCUA